AUGGAGGGACUUGACUACUCAUCGGGAAUAUGGCAAUUUGAAGGGUAUGGAUUUGUGCCAAAUGCAACCUCUGGUGCUACAGUUGCACAGCUCCAUGGAGCAGCUAAGGGUGCUACGGCUACAAUCCUAAGAAUAUAUAACGGCGGCAUGAGGUAUUAUAGUCGAGAUUUGGUGGCUACAAAUCUUUACGACACGAGAUGCAAACUUAACAUAAUCCAUGACGUUGACGGAGGGAGCGUGAUUGUUUUCAUUGACGGAGUCCAGAAAUUUUGGGUGAAGGAUCAAGGGCCAGGAGAUUUGUUUACUUCAAAUGUGGAGUUCAUGCUGCACCGGCUAACAUAA